AUGUCGAAUAUGCUGGAGGCAUUACCAGGCACAUUUUCACAUACAGGGGGCCGCAGCACGGAUGUCUUUCUCACUGCGAUCCUUCUCCCUAUUUUCUCCAUCCCUAUUGUCGUGAUACGUCUUUGGACAAGUAAGUCUAUUGUCAGGAGGUGGCACCCAGAUGAUAAGGCUCGUCUUGGUGCUGGCGAUCACCUCUUCAAUUUUUCUCCCUCAAAUUUGGUGCUGCUCCUUAAUGUAGGCAGAUGGGGUGGUGUCCCGCUCUACAAUUUGACUACGGUGUUUAUCAAGGCGAGCAUUCUUACGUUCUACCUGCGUUUCACCGCAGAUCGUGCUCUCAAGGCCGCCACCUACGCCGUUCUCGCGAUAGUCGUAGCGUACAGUUUGGUGAACAUCAUCGCCAGCUUUGCGCUAGAUUGCUCUGACCCGGAAAAGUGUGAUCGGCUCUUUGUAGCUUAUAUCGUCUGCGCGGCGCUGAAUGUGGCGACAGAUAUUGCAAUUCUACUACUUCCGUUCUGGAUACUUCAUCCACUACAAAUAUCAACCGGGCGAAAGAUCGCUAUCGGCAUGGUGCUGAUGGGAGGCGGGUUGUAUGUAUUUCCACACUCUGAGCAUACCAUGUUAUAUGCUAAUUCUACUAGUGUCUCCGCCGUCAGUAUACUGCGAUUAGUGAUAACUAUUCAGACGGACGGGGAACUGGAUACAACCUAUGUUUGGGGGAAUAGCGUCAAAUGGAGUCUCAUUGAAACCUGGUGUGGGCUUAUAUGCGCUUGCUUACCAUGCAUCAAGCCAGCCCUCGAUCGCUACUUGCCUCGCGUUUCAUCAUGUAAAAUAUUUAAGGAGAGAGGAAACAGCGGAUACGGUGAAGAAAUCGGGUCAGUUAGUACUGCAUGA